GGUUAAAAAGGAGCAGCCAGGAGGGCGGCGGAGCGGAGCAAGUCUGAGCCGACAGGGAGAGACAGAGUUUGGUGGAUAUAUGAGACGGUGUGACACACUGACGGAAAAUUCCCACAAAAUAAUUUCGGGAUUUACAUUUGCUGACAGACCAAGUGGCUGCAGGUUGAAUCUGUCUGCUGAGGAGUAAGCCAGACUCAACGUUAUCAGGAGCAGCCAGCUGCAGCCUAACUGAAGAUGUCUGAUAAUGGGGAGGUUGAGGACAAGCCCCCAGCUCCUCCAAUGAGGAACACCAGCACCAUGAUCGGUUCCUGCAACAAAGAUCCCAUCCCCCUCAACCAUGGCUCCAAGCCGCUUCCACCGAACCCAGAGGACAAGAAGAAGAAAGACCGCUCCAUUCGGUUUAUUCUGACUGGAGGAAGUGAUAAGACCUAUAAGAAGAAGGAACGUCCUGAGAUUUCUCUGCCGUCUGACUUUGAACACACAAUCCACGUUGGCUUUGAUGCUGUUACCGGCGAGUUUACUGGCAUGCCAGAGCAAUGGGCCCGGCUCCUCCAGACCUCCAACAUCACGAAGCUGGAGCAGAAGAAGAAUCCACAGGCCGUCCUCGAUGUCCUAAAGUUCUACGACUCGAAGGAAACGGCCAACAGCCAGAAAUACAUGAGCUUCACUGAUAAAACUGCAGAUGCCUUCAACUCCUCCAUCAUAACGAGCUCCAAGGCCGUGUCGGAGACGCCCGUCAUUGCGACUGUGUCUGAGGAUGAAGACGAAGAUGAGGCCGAGCCCCCGCCGGUGGUCGCUCCCCGCCCUGAACACACCAAAUCAAUAUACACCCGAUCGGUGAUCGAGCCCCUCCCUCCUCCUUCAACCAAAGAUGCAGCCACCUCCCCCAUCAUCCCACCAACAACCGCAGCCACAGCUGCCGUCACCCCCUCCCCACCUGCAGAGGCGGCUCCCAGCAGCCCCCCCAGUGCAAGCCCCGCCCCCGGCCCAUCUCUGCCUCGCACGCAAGAUAAAAGUAAGAAGAAGAAGAUGUCUGAUGAGGAGAUCCUGGAAAAACUACGGACAAUUGUUAGCGUUGGAGACCCCAAGAAGAAAUAUACACGAUUUGAAAAGAUAGGACAGGGAGCUUCUGGCACGGUGUACACAGCUAUCGACAUCGCUACAGGACAGGAGGUUGCCAUCAAACAGAUGAACUUGCAGCAGCAGCCGAAAAAAGAGCUGAUCAUCAACGAGAUUCUGGUGAUGAGGGAAAACAAAAACCCAAACAUUGUCAACUACCUGGACAGUUAUCUGGUUGGAGACGAGCUCUGGGUGGUGAUGGAGUACCUGGCUGGAGGUUCUCUGACCGACGUCGUCACGGAAACCUGUAUGGAUGAAGCUCAGAUUGCUGCUGUGUGCAGAGAGUGUCUUCAGGCCUUAGAGUUUCUCCACUCGAACCAGGUCAUCCAUCGAGACAUCAAGAGCGACAACAUUCUGCUGGGCAUGGACGGCUCCGUCAAACUCACCGACUUUGGAUUCUGCGCCCAGAUCACACCGGAGCAGAGUAAGCGCAGCACCAUGGUCGGCACGCCGUACUGGAUGGCUCCAGAGGUGGUGACCCGAAAGGCUUAUGGACCCAAAGUGGACAUCUGGUCCCUAGGCAUCAUGGCCAUUGAGAUGGUGGAGGGGGAGCCGCCAUAUCUGAAUGAGAAUCCCCUCAGGGCGCUGUAUCUCAUAGCAACUAACGGGACGCCAGAGCUGCAGAACCCAGAGAAGCUGUCAACAAUAUUCAGAGACUUCCUGAACCGGUGUUUGGAGAUGGACGUGGAGAAACGGGGCUCUGCUAAAGAACUCCUGCAGCACCAGUUUCUGAAGAUGGCGAAGCCUCUUUCCAGUCUGACUCCUCUCAUCCUGGCAGCGAAGGAGGCAGCAAAGAACAACCGUUAGCUGGCUUUGAAUUUCCCCCUCCUGUACGUCUGUGAACACUCCUCAGAAGGUGGUGACAGCUGCCUGCCGGGGUAUGAGACGCUCAGAAGGACUGUGGUCAUUCUUUCUGAGUGUUUUUCUCUCACAGCGACAGCUUCUUUCUUUAAUCUGGCUCUUUUGCCGUUGACCACGAGGGGCGACGCUUCCACAGCCCCCACCUCACCACCUGACAGAGAAAGCUUCUUCAACACUCCAUCAGACCUGGACGAAAGGAUCGAGGGAUGCCUUUAUUGACGUUGCUGUCCUCAUAGCCAACAUGUUGACUUUAUUGAGUUUACUGUCAGAGCCCAAAGACGCAUGGUAGUUAUUUGUUUUUAGUUGGUACUUCUUUUCAGGACCACGUCAUCCAGUCUCACGUCUCUCACCGUGUCUGUUAGCUCCUCGUCUUUUGGACGAUUCGGGAGUAAUUUCUUUCAAACUAUUUUCCUUGUUUUUUUGUGUGUUCAAAUCCCCUUCCAGUGGACCAUCGGGGUUUUAAUUAAGUUGAUUGUAGUGUGAUCUUCUGUAGGUUUUGGAGCUCAGUGCUUUGUUGUGUCUUUGUGAAUGUUGAUCGUUUUGAGGAAACACUGGUUUGCCCAGAGCCAUUGAUGGACGAGCUUCAGUGAUGAACCCAUGAAGUUUUCUGUUCGCAACCCACAGAUUUUUCAUCUUAGAGCUUAAACUGGUAAUGGUUUAAGAAUUAAGUUUAUCCAGUCAGCCCAGCCUCAUCAGGAGAUGCCUAACAAGUAAAUCCCAUGUAUUACAAAAGCUGCACUGGUUUAUCUGACUCGGUACUUUUAUAAACAGAUUUAGCUGUUUAUUUUAUUAGUUAUGCAGGUGCUGUUUAUAGCUUCUCUUCUCCUUACAGAUUCCUUCUGUUUUUGCUCUAUUCUCACAUUUCAGUGUUUCAGAAUCUCAAACCAAUUUCAAUAUUAUAGUCUGAAGCCCAAAGUGCAUACAUAAAGUGUUUUUUAAUUGAUUAAUUCAGAUAUUAAGGUAUAAAAACUGUCCAAACUAACCUGACCAGCUGUGAAAACUGCCAUCAGGUGUUUGUGAUGUUCUAUCCUCUACAUUGGACCAGCGCUCUUUACAGAAAUAUUUCAGUUUGGCCUCUUUGAGAUCAUGCCUCAGCUUCUUCUUCAGAUUUAAGUACAGAAUUUAACAAUGCUGUUUAGAAGUGGUUUUGUUGUUGUUUAUUGGAUCAUUGACCGGCUGCAAAACUAACUGUACUUAAAAUGGUUGGAUAUUUUCCUUCAGAAUAUUCAGAAUGGUAUUUGUUAUAGUUUAUUCCAAACCAGUUGGUUCAUUAUCUUUUUCAGCCUCUAUUAAGAGCCGUUGUAGAAGCUCCAAAGAGCCACUUGCUGCUCUGGAGCCACAUGUUGCAGAGCCCUGAGUUAUUGCCAAACAGUGAGAGGAAAUUCUGUGUUUUCAAAAGAAAAAGAAAAGGAAAAAUAUUGUAGUUCUUAGUAAUUUACAACUUGCUAUAUUUUAGGGCAGUGAUGGUUAUAAAGUCUAAUGGUCACUAGGAAGAAAGAUAUGCGACAACGCUCCAUAGACUCAAUGCGAAAAAAUGUAAAAGUCAGUAAAAUGUCUUAAAAUACGUGUACUUACCCUUAGUUUGAGUAGACAAAUAAAUUGAUCUGCCAAUGAAUGAGUAUUUUUAACCUUAAAAUAUGAUUAUUUUAUAUUACGCUCUUGAAAAGAGACUGCUUGCUUGUUUUUUCUUAUUUGUAAUAUAAAUUACCUCAUUCAAUUGGCAAAGUGUCUCACUUUACCUACCUGCUCGUUUCAGGAAAAAAAUGCACUUAUUUUAAGGAAAGUUGACUGACUUAGAUUUCACUUUUUUGCAGACUAUUGUCCAACAAUCAGACUAAUAAUUUCUUUAAUUUUACUAUAUUCAGGCCUGGAUAUAUAAACCAAAACUGGUUGAACCAAAACAUUUAUCAGAAAAAGGAUAGAUCCAUUUUCUCUUGGAGACAAAUUUAUUUUUUCCCCAUUUAAUUAAGGAAAUUAUGAUUGGAAAAAUAUUUUUUUCUCUGAAUAAUAAAAAUAUUAUAAAAAACAGAAGGAAUUUGUAUGGAGGCAAAUAAGAAGUCACACAGCUGUAGAACUGGAGAUGGAUGUUCUUAGUUUUUAACCAUGAUUGUAUGUUGAUGUCAAACACAGGAAGGAAAGUUCAUCUGUGGCUCUGAGGCGUGGCUGUCUGUGGGCCUGUGAGGGAGAAUGUGCAUGAAUAAAACCUUUUCUUUGUUUUUAUACGGUACGUUUAUCAUAGAGAAAAAAGAACAAGCGAUCAACGAGCGUAGGGAUGAUUAAUGAAGGAUGUUUGUGUACGAUAGAGA